GGCGCGCCAUGGCCGGCAGAUUCGGGGCACGGCCCCUUCGAGCCCUGCCAGCUGGACGAGGACGCCGGCGGGAAUCCUCCCAUGGCAGAUUCCUUCGACUGCGUCAUCGAAGUAUGCGGAACUCCUAAGGUAUUUCCCAGCGGACUGCGGUGCCUGCGUCCAGGAGGCUGCUACAUACUGGUGGGCCUGGUCCACCCUCAGUCUCAGCUGGAGGUCACCGGCCAGCAGCUCAUCAGGAAAUGCGCCACCGUAGCGGGGGUGCACAACUACGCUGCCGCUGAUCUGGACAGAGCCGUGGCGUACCUGGAGCGGGUCUGCCAGGACAAUACUUACCCGCUGCAAGACCUGCUCAGCCCCGCCUUCGCGCUCGAGCAGAUACAGGUUGCUGUGGACCGGUCCGGAGACUUCUACCGGGCUCUGAUUCGUCCUUAGUCAGCUGGCGCCGACCGACGACCUGACCGGUCACGGCAGUGUUCGGUGGCCCGCGCAUGGAGCUCCGGCCUGUGCGCCACGGCCUAUGUGUCGGCCAGCGCUUGGUGGUGCAGCACCACACGCCCGAUGUAGAUCUAGCCGAUGAGCUGAAAGUAGAGCGAUGUAGACAUGUGAUAGUGUUGUAUGGUUUGAAUAGAAUCAUGCAUGCCAGUGUCAUCCGACCCUCUUGCCCUCUU